CACUUUUGGAGCCAGCUCCGGCAGACGUGGGCAGCGCCGGGGAGGCCUCCUGCGAGGCUCCGCGGAUACGCAAGCAAUACAGCCUCCAGCACCAGAGCCUAGGGCCGCGGGGGAGGCUCUGGGAACCGCCCCUUUUUGAUCGCCAAGGCCAGCGUGGGCCUUAAUAAAUACUCCGCCCGGACCGAUAGGAAAGGCCAAGUUCAAACACACAGCGUUCAGCCCGGGGCGGGUCCGGAAAAGACGCCCAUAGACCCAACCACCUGCCCCCGCCUGGUCGGGCGGCCGCACCCGCAAGCUUGCGGAGCCCAUCCGGAUUACUGCGCCUGCGCGCUCCGGCUCCGCCCCCUUGCCGGUUUCCAAGGCCGCGCGCCGGGAGCCCGCCGUCGCUUAGCAACGCACGAGUCACAGUCCCGGCCCUCCGCGCGCCCCUUUCCAGGCAGGGCUUAGUCCCAGAUCUUCCCGUGAGGCUCCUCGCUGCCUUGUGUCAGGCCGCAGGAGCCCAUGGAGGAAAAGGAGGAUAAGCAGCAAGAGCAUAAAAUAGAAGAUGGUGGUAUAGUGUAUGUAACUGGAAAAAAAGAAGAAAUCAAACAACCUGGAAAAAGUAUACAACAUUCAAAACCAUUUGUUGGGAGAGGACGUAUAUAUUAUGCAAAAUUCAUUCAUACAAAUGCAAGAACAUUGAAUGAACCAGUUCCCUACAUAGAUCCCAGAAAAGGGCCAGAAAAGCAGGGUGACUGGUGGUCCCAUGGUAAAAGACUGGAGCAUCCCUUCCAACCACCUUAUGACACUAAGAGCACCCAGAGGAGUGACUUUCAAAAGCCAGCAUGUCCAUUGGUUUUGCCAGUCAAACACAGCAAGUUGCAAAAGCCUUCUUGUGGAAUAGUUCCACUUGCCUCUCCUGAUGCAUCAGCAGAACUUCAAAAGAAUUUUAUAGAACACAUCUCUUUUUUACAUCGAUAUAAUGCUAGGAAAAGUCCCAACGAGCCCAUCCGGGGAAAGCGACAUGGAGCUUUUGUGCAGACAGAGAUAAAACCAGGGAGUAGGCCAAUAAUUCCUACGGGAACAGAGGUAUUACGGAAUGCUCUAGGGUCAUGCUCAUCAGAACAGUCCAAAAAAACAGAGAAAGGAAACUCAGCGGAAAGCAAAAUGAUCUCACCAGGUCUCUGCCGACAAAAUUCCCCAGAGCUGUUAGAGACUGAAACUCACUUAUCAGAAACAGACGUCAGAGAGGCAGCCAAGGCAUGCCCCAGAAGUCCUGAAAGAAGGAAGAAGGUUGCAGACAUCUUCCAAGCAACUGCAGUAAACGCUCUUCUUCCCAGGUAUGAUCAUUUCAAUCCAUCAAUAAAAAGUCAGGAUAAGUCAGGAUAAAUUACCUUCUUCAGAUAAAAAUCUAAUCCUUGGGAUGGAGAGGAAUUACGGAAUCACAGAAGCCCUCACAGUUGCUUUUUCUGUUAUCAAUAACCUCAAAUUUCAAUUUACAUAAAUAGGAAAAUGAAAAAAGACAAUUAAAAUGCACCAAAAAUUUAAGAAUCGUCUCUGAUGAGUAGUAGAUUAUGAGACAUAUCUCUGUUUUAUUAUUUAUAAACAAAACAAUUUUGUUUUACACAAAAAUGAACAUAGUUAACAAAUAUAAAACUUUUAUGAGAGGCCUUAUGGGAUAAUUAUCCUGUGGAAUCAAAGUAGUGUUGGAAUUUUGCCUCUACCACCUAUGAGCUGUGUGACCUUGGGUAAGUUAUUCAACUUCUCUAGACUUCAGUUUCCUCAUCUGUAAAAUCAGGAUAAUGGUGACUUCCCAUGGUUAGUGAUAAUGAGAUUAUAUACAUUGAUCAGUAAGUAACCAAUGUGAUUAUAUUAUCACUAUUACUAUAAUUAAAGUUUCAGCUGAAACAUAAUCCUCUUCUGUAACCUUAAAUUCUUCUCCUUAUUUUUUUUUAAAGAUUUUAUUUAUUUAUUUGACACACAGAGAGAUCACAGUAGGCACAGAGAGAGGGGGAAGCAGGCUCCCCACUGAGCAGAGAGCCCUAUGCCAGCCUUGAUCCCAGGAUCCUGAGAUCAUGACCCCAGCCAAAGGCAGAGGCUUAACCCACUAAGCCACCCAGGCGCCCUCCUCCUUAUUUUAUUUUAUUUUUUAAUAUUUAAUUUAUUUAUUUGACACAGAGAGAUCACGAGUAGGCAGACAGGCAGGCAGAGAGACAGAGGAGGAAGCAGGCUCCCUGCUGAACAGAGAGCCCGAUGCAGGGCUUGAUUCUAGGACCCUGGGAUCAUACAUGAGCCGAAGGUAGAAGCUUUAACCCACUGAGCCACCCAGGCACCCCUCCCUCCUCAUUUUAAAACUUUUAGUCCUUCCACAUACAAUUAAGAGUGUGAAAAAUUAAAAACAUUUCUCCUGGUACUAGUUACACAAAUGUGCAUGUGCACGCACAUACACACACACACUCUUACUUCAAAGAUAUAUGGGUACCUAGAAUAUAAAAAUAUUUCCUAAGUUGUUUUCUAUUUUACUUAGAUCACUUAGAUCAGUACUAACUCAAUCUUUGCUUUUUAGAUGAGUUUGGUGUGGUUGAUUCUACCAGCUCUUCUAUUUGGCACAUUUGGUGUGCCAAAAUGUAUCUGUCAGGAGCUGUGUUCUCUUGCACACAAGUGGAGUAGGUAGAAUAUUUUUCUGCUGUCGAAAGAGUAUUUAUAUGCUCAGCAAAUUUCCAUGGCAAUAUAUCAGUUGCACUAUUACCUGUAAUGUUGAUAAGACAAUAGGUGUAUCUUUAUCCCUUUCUUUUCGACUAAAGAAAUUUUAAUAGAUUGCCAAAUGAAUGAAUGCCAUUAUUAUAUAUUUGUGUAUUGGGGACUUUCAGUUCUUACAAUACAACAGAUUAAGGGUAAUAGUGAACCCCUUUCAUUGCACACACCUUGAAAUGCUGAAUAAAAUAUAUAGCCAAGCUCACAAAACUGAGAAACGCCCAUGUUGCAAAAUAGCUUGAUUAUUUGUGUAUCAAUAUGCAUCUUAAAGAUCUUUUAUUGACACAUGUAAAGUAUCUCAUUUUUAAUCACUGCAUUGUCUUCCAUAGUAUAGAUAUAGUAGAGACUGGAGCCGAGGUCUUACAGGCUAAUGGCUUGAAUUUUAAUCCACAGUGGAACAGAGAUGGAAACCUCCAUAUUAGAGUUGAGAUUAAAACCUACAUAAAGCUAGAACCCUCAAAGAGUUGGCCUAUCUCGGUACAAGGCAGACUAGAAGAUCUUCACUUGUACAACCAGGCAGACAGCAAGAAAGUUUCCUCUUCCUACAUCUAGACCUUCCUACAGUAGACCAUGGCUAAAGUUUAUGUAAGAAGGUACAACCUCAAGCUUUGCCACAUUCCAGUUUGGAAUAUGAAUUUUCAUGCAGAACAUCUAAUUGGACACAAAAUUAACAUAAAAAUUAGUCCUGCUGGUGAAAUGCAAAUGCAAAACCUUCCCUGAAGAGAGAUUUCCACAAUCCAUGGAAGUAACAGUCCGCUAAGGGAAGGUCACAAACAAAAGUUAUAGAUCAUAAAAAAGAAAACCAAACUGAGAAAGAGUCUGAAGUAUAACAAAAGGAAUGGUUAAACCUUAAAACUAGAAGUAAUAGAAUUUGAACACUUUCAAUUUCAAGGUAUUUGUCUUUCUUGCACUCUGGAAAUUUUUACUCUGUAGCCUUUCUAUUAUUUCCAUCCCCCCAUCUCCAUUCCCUCCUUCUGGAACAACUACCAGCUGCAUGAUAGAAUGCUUGCAUCUAUCUUCUAUGUGUCCUAACUUUUCUUUCAUUAUCUUUUUCAUGGUACUUUACCACUAAGUAAUGCAAGAAUCCCUUGACACUAAUUUUCUACUAACUAAUUUGUUUCCCAGCCUUGUUAAUUGUUACACCAGGCCAUCUAUGGAAAACAGUUUUUAAUUAGUAUUUUAUUUUUUAAUUUCUGAGAUCUGUAAAUGUUUCCUUAAUACACAAGAUUCUUCCUAUAUUAUAGAUAUGAUAGCUUCUCUUAUCACUCUUAGAACACUGUAAUAAAGCUUAUCAUCUUAACAUCUUUUUCUGCUCUCUUAAUUCUAUUGAUUUUUGUUUGUUGAGGAAGAUGCUUCAAUUUCUUGGUAUUAUACUUUAUUCUUCAAACAUUUGGUGAGUCUUGGUUGUAUACUCUUCUCUGAUUAUGUAAUUUUCAGACCCUUAUCAGUGUAAAUUGUUUCUGUCUGUUGCACCUGACUUUUCGACAGGGUUGGGAUAUGAGUCAGACAGGAUCUAAAGAUGAUUUGUGUGAUGGGAUUUUUGACCCUCCUGGAGGUCAGUGGCUACUUGGGCACUGGCCUGUUUCUUCUCUAGCCCUAGUGUAUGAAUCAGUUCAUCCACAGCUGCCCAGCACUCAGUGCAUGCAGAUCAGGGAGAGGUUACUAGUUUGCUGUUCCUUAGGCAGUUCCCUAAUUUUUCAAACUGAUAAAUGCCCCAGAGCCCUUUCUACUACUUAAUAUCCAUUAGCUCUAACCCUGUAGUUCUAUGCAACUUCCCUCUACAGCAGUCAUCUCUACACUUGUGUUGGGUCCGUCCUUCCUUCCUUCCUUCCUUCCUUAAGAUUUCAUCUUUACUUUAGAGUAAGAGUGUACAUGAGAGGGGGGAGGGAAAGAGGGGCAGGGAGGAGGGAAAACAAGAGAAUCACAAGAAGACCCCACACACAGCACAGAGCCCCAUGUAGGCUUGAUCCCACAACACCCUGAGAUUACAACCAGAAACCAAGAGUCAGAAGCUCAACUGACUGAGUCUCCCAGGUGCCCCCGAGUUUUUCUCUCUUUUAUUUUUGUUCCUCCAAACACUUGUUCUCUUGUAGUAUCUUUCAGAACUUAAUACAAAUCUAUUUCUUCAGAUAGUAGGUCUCUCUGGUUUCCAAUACUAUUAAAUUGUAUUUUAUUAUCACUAUCUAUUUACACGUAUUUUUGUGAGAUUUAGUGGGCAGUAAGUGGUAGAGGUAUAUUACCAAUCUGCCAUCUUGAAUCAUUCUCUGAUUUUUUUAAAGUAAAUCAUUUGCAAACUUAGUACUUUGGCCAUAAGUAAAUCACAGAUUCCCUGCAAUAGACCUCACAAUUGACCGGCAGACAUUAGUGAAAAUUGUCAUGGUCUUUCUGUCUUAGGGAAUGUGUUUUAGUGAGAGAUGGAGAGAUGGAGCCCAGUUAGUGGACUACAACUAUAGGCUAGAUUGGUGGUUCUCAACGUUUUCAAGUAUAAGGACAUGUUUUCUGCAUUUAAAAAAAGUUCAUGGUUCCUUACAAAAUGUAAUUGAACUUUUAGUAUCCAUUGUUUGAGAAAACACAUAAUAACAAAAUACAAUGAUGAUUUCCAGGUUCAAUCCUCUCUUUUUUAAAUGCUAAGGGUUUGUCUCUCCACAAUGAAUUCCAUAGUCUCUGAAAGUUAUAACUGCCUAUUGGUACAAAUAGUGCUCUUAAAUUUUACAAGAAUAUUUGAAUGUUUUCAAGUAGUUUCUUUAUCAAGUAUUUUCUUAGAAUUAUAGCUUUUACCAGGUUAGAGGAUUUUUUUUUCCUGUUUACCAUACAAAACAAAACCAAAAAAUGGACCUUCAUGAAAUUUAAUAUUAAAAAAAAUCUUAAUGAAUGAGCUAAUGGUUUUCAGUCCUUAACAUUGUUAUUAAUACCAUAAAUCUUUGUGUGUUUUAAGAAUUAAAGCAUUUUCCAAUCUAUUAUCUCAUUGGAUCUUUACAAUAAUCCUAUGAAGCAGGACAAAUAUUACUAUGUAUGUCAGUCUUCCAGCUAAUUAAUAGACAAAUAAAACUUAAGUAAUUUCCCCAAGCUGGCAAUUGGCAAGCAACAAAACCAGGGCCAGAACCUAAGUUUCUCAGUGCUCUGCCCAUUCAUUCCCAAAUGUCAAUGCCUAGAACAAUGCUGGCCCAUUACAAACGAAAAAACAAGAAUAGUAUAACAAGUAUCAGAGCAAAUAAUUUCAAAACUUUUAUUAAGAGAUUGUCAUUUUACUGCUUUGGGAGAUUUAAAAUGCUCUUAAUGAGGCUCCUUAUCACAGUGACAGAUGGAGCUAAUGUGGGAUCAACUCACCUAUCGUAACUACAUCAAGAAAGGCUUCAUAAACAAAACCAUUUGAAAUACACAACUACGCACUAAAACAAGAAAGUGAAAUCCUCAGGUGCCAGAAAUAAAGAGAACACUAAAAAGUAAUGAUCAAGAGGUAAAGUUAAACAGGCAAAACAGGCAGCUGGAGAAGUGGAAUCAGAAGUUGAGCUUAGGGGCUGUAGUGGGAGUUGAGGCCCCCCGUGCAAUGGAGCUGGCACUCAGCGCAGAGCCAGGAUCCCAGAAGAGCUCUGCUGUUGUGAAAAGGAUUCUAGAAUCUCUCUCCCAUUAGCCUGAGAAUUAGGGGGUGAAGCAAACUGAUUACCACCAAGACAGCUCACCUCCCAAACUAAGCUGUGCACAAGGUGGGAGCCACAGGGGUACUCCUGAGUAGUAACACAGAAAACCCACACCGAAGUAGCAACAGAAAAAGCUGAGAACCAAAGAUCCAGAAGAAGCCGAGAAACCUGAAGGACCCUCGUAUAGACAAAAGACAAAUACAAUACUGCCCCAUAGUCACACUUUAUUAUCCUGGGGACAUGAGACACCGUGGAAAGAAAUACCUAAGAUGAGAUGAAAAAUACCUAUCUUCCAGGGAGGGACUUAGCAGAAUUCAUGCCUCGAGAAUUACAGACAAUAGAGCAAAGAGACUAUAAAGUAAAUAAGCUUAAAUGAUUCUGGACAUAAAAGAAUAAAAACUGUACAGUAAAACCAGAACAGCCUAAAAAGUAAGAGACAUAGUUCAGGGAGGGGAAAAAAAAAGCUAUAGAAUUUCCAAAGAUAAAAAAUAGCAUUUUUUCAAAACAAUUCAGUAGAUUAAAAAAAUUUAAAAACUCAGUAGACUAAACAUAGCUUAAAAGAAAGUAAGUUGGAAGGCAGAGUUGAAGAAAUCUCACAGAAUAAAACUCAAAAAGAUAAAAAAGAAAUAUUUAAAAAGAAAGAGGCACAGAGAAUAGAAUGUUACUAAGUGUUCCAGAAGGACACAAUAGAGGGAAUAUGAGAGGAAUCUGCAAUAAAAAUGGCUAUGUUAGAGACUGCUGCCUGUUCCUUAUAACCAGUCUCGCCCUCUGCCUUUUUCACAGAAUCACCCAUUUUCAGCUGAGAACUAGGCUGCCCAGAAUAAAGGCAGUAUUUCCCAGUUUCCCUUAUACCUGGACAGGCUAUAUGACUGUACUUUAGAAUGUAAACAAAACAGCAUGUGCAACUUCCAGAAAUGUCCUUAAAGGAAAGAGAUAGGACUUUUCUCUCUACUUUUCUUUCCUAGUAGCUCAAAUGCAGAUGGUAUGGUUUAAGUUUGAUUAGAGAAUCUACUUGCUGAAAAUGAAUGGUGGAACAAUAAAAUGGAAGGAUCCCUGAGCCUCUGACACCAUCAAACGCCACCUGGAAAGCCACAUCUAUGUGAAAAAGAGAAACUUCUGUCUUGUAGGAACCACUUUGAUUUAGAAUUGUUUUUAAAACACUUGCAGCAGAAUCUCAUCAUAACUUCUGAUUGAGAAUUUUCUACAAUUAAAGAUGGUAGUCUCCGAUUUGAAGGAGUGGAAUGAAUUCUGAGCUAGAAAAAAAUGUGAUUAAAUCUAUGCAUGGACAUAGAAUAAUAAAACAGCAGAACACCAAACAUACAGAGAAAAGCUUUAAAAGCAAAUCUGAGGGCGCCUGGGUGGCUCAGUGGGUUAAGCCGCUGCCUUUGGCUCAGGUCAUGAUCUCAGGGUCCUGGGAUCGAGUCCCGCAUCGGGCUGUCCCCUCAGCAGGGAGCCUGCUUCCCCCUCUCUCUCUCUGCCUGCCUCUCCAUCUAUUUGUGAUUUCUCUCUGUCAAAUAAAUAAAUAAAAUCUUUAAAAAAAAAAGCAAAUCUGAGAGAAAAGAGAUUGUUGCCCAUAAGGAAAGAUAAACUUCAAAGGAAAGAUAAACUUCUCAAACACAAUGAGGGAUGCAAAAAGAAAAUGGAAUAGUAUCUUGAAAAUGCUGAAAGGCAGUGAGGCUCAACAUAGAAUUCCAUGCUUCGCUGAACUGUAACUCAACAAUGAGGACAAAAUGUGGACCCUGCCAGACAUACACAGAUUAGCACUGACAACAAGUACCUAUAUAAUACAACUUUACAAGGCACUGUUCUAGGUGCUUUAUCUAUUUUAACUCAUAAUCCACACAACAACCCUCUGAGGUAGUUACUAUUAAAUAUUACUAUAUCAGGGAUGACGAAACUAAGAUACAGGAAAGUUAAGUAACUUGCCCAAGGUCACACAGCUAGGAAGAGUCCAAAUUGGGAUUCAAGCAUGGACAGCCUGCUUCAGAUUCCGUUGUUGUAAUCCCUCACAGGAAGAGUUCGUUAUGCCCAGACCUUCCAUGAAAUUACCACUGAAGUCAUUUAAAAGAUGGUCUGGUACUCACUUUGGCAGCACAUUUGCUAAAAUUGGAAUGAUACAGAAGAUUAGCACAGCCCCUGUGCGAGGUUCACAUGCAAAAGACCAGUAUGGAGCCUGGACAGACCAAGGAGGAUGUAAGCAGAAAAACGAGAAAGAUAAAUCAGCAAAUCAUAUGGAUCCACUAAUGUAUUAACUACAAAAGUGUCCUUUCAUGCAAUAAUUCUGAUAUUAGAUUCUAGGGGACUUUUUUUUUCCUCUUAUAGUAUCUUUAUUUGGCAAAAGAAAAUAUUUGGCAACUCUAUGUCAAUUCCUCCCAAAAUUUUGGUAAUUUUCCUAGUCUGUGAAAUCAUAGUCUGGCAACCAUUGAUCUAUUGUGCAACAAAGGUUUUUUUUUUUGUUUUGGGUGUAUGUGUGUUUUUUAAAGGCAAAUUUGCAAAGUUAAUUACUGGUGUGUCAUACAAAAAAAUAUUUAUUGGUAUUAGUAUA